GCGGAGCGGAGCGGGGCGGCGGGCUGAGCCCGGGCGGCCGAGCCGGCAGCGAGCAGCACGCAGCGCCGCCAGUCCUCCCGCCCGCCCUCUCCCCGUGCGCGGCGGCGGGGAGGCGAGGAAUUUGACACCUUGCCAGCCCGUGGAACAUUGCAUGACACGCAUCAUGAGUGACAGCGAAUGUGACAGCCAGUUUUACAGUGUGCAGGUGGCGGACUCGACCUUCACCGUCCUGAAACGCUACCAGCAGCUGAAACCCAUCGGCUCUGGGGCCCAGGGGAUUGUUUGUGCUGCAUUUGAUACGGUUCUUGGAAUAAAUGUUGCAGUCAAGAAACUAAGCCGCCCUUUUCAGAAUCAAACUCAUGCAAAGAGAGCUUAUCGCGAACUCGUCCUCUUAAAAUGUGUCAAUCAUAAAAAUAUAAUUUUCAUGUACGUGGCUGAUGUUUUCUUUCCCAGGUAUUUGGUUAUGGAAUUAAUGGAUGCUAACUUGUGCCAGGUUAUUCAUAUGGAGCUGGACCAUGAAAGAAUGUCCUACCUUCUGUACCAGAUGCUUUGUGGUAUUAAACAUCUGCAUUCAGCUGGUAUAAUUCAUAGAGAUUUGAAGCCCAGCAACAUCGUAGUGAAAUCAGACUGCACCCUUAAGAUCCUUGACUUUGGCCUGGCCCGGACAGCGUGCACCAACUUCAUGAUGACGCCCUACGUGGUGACACGGUACUAUCGGGCCCCCGAAGUCAUCCUGGGGAUGGGCUACAAGGAGAACGUGGACAUCUGGUCCGUCGGGUGCAUCAUGGCAGAAAUGGUCCUCCAUAAAGUCCUGUUCCCAGGAAGAGACUAUAUUGAUCAGUGGAAUAAAGUUAUUGAGCAGCUAGGAACACCAUCGGCAGAGUUCAUGAAGAAACUUCAGCCAACUGUGAGGAAUUAUGUAGAAAAUAGACCAAAGUAUCCUGGAAUCAAAUUUGAAGAACUCUUUCCAGAUUGGAUAUUCCCAUCAGAAUCUGAACGAGACAAAAUAAAAACGAGUCAAGCCAGAGAUCUGUUAUCAAAAAUGUUAGUGAUUGAUCCCGACAAGCGGAUCUCUGUAGACGAGGCCUUGCGUCACCCCUAUAUCACUGUUUGGUACGACCCCACGGAAGCGGAAGCACCACCACCUCAAAUUUAUGAUGCCCAGUUGGAAGAAAGAGAACAUGCAAUUGAAGAAUGGAAAGAGCUAAUUUACAAAGAAGUAAUGGAUUGGGAAGAAAGGAGCAAGAACGGCGUUGUGAAAGAUCAGCCUUCAGAUGCAGCAGUAAGUAGCAACGCGACUCCUUCUCAGUCAUCGUCGAUCAAUGACAUUUCAUCCAUGUCCACCGAGCAGACACUGGCCUCAGACACGGACAGCAGUCUGGAUGCCUCGACAGGGCCCCUCGAAGGUUGUCGAUGAUAAGUCAGAAAGAGCAAACUUGUUGUCGUUGGAGGAACUCUCGCUUCCAUGGGCCUGAAAUGCUUGGGAGUUGAUGGAACCAAA